UGAAUUUGAAAAUUUUCUUUCUGGCUUUACAUUGAAACUGAAGAAGUGAGAGAUCAUCCAUGCCGUUCCUCCAACUUGAAAAGGAGCCGAUGGAGAAAAUGUUACAAGAUAUCCAGUAGGGUGAGGACUUAUUGUGGUAUAUAUUCUCCCUCGUUCCAGAGUACGCUCCUGCAGUCGUUCCAAGACUAGGGCCGCCGGGUCGGCUUGCGGCUUCUGCACACGAUCGCCCGGCCCAAGAUUUCGAUUCCCAUCUUCUCUGAGAGCUGCGGUGCCAGCAAACGGUGCCUCCGCCAGCUCGUUCAGAUGGCGGCGGACGGGAAGAGCGCGGGACAAGUGGUCUUGCCCUUCUUCGACGGAGUCGAGCGCUCGCACGCGCCACACCUGACGGGGAGCUUCCAGGAGGCCUUCCGUUCACAGGAGAUGUGCUUUGAGCAAAGGGAUGUGGAGGCAGGGCAACAGGUGCUCGGAGAUGUCAGCUUCUUGAAAGGAUGGGAAUGGGAGAGAAUCGUUAAUGGGCACCGAGGAGAAUUUGUAAUAAUAGUUGUUGAAACUGAUCCGAGCGAGUUUCGACAAGGUUUUCGGAUAAAUGUUCCUGAGAGUUUGGUUGGAAAUAAUGAUCAUAUUAAGAAGAUUAUGGGAUUGCUGGACACUACUUCCAAUGGUACUCGAAGAAUUGGAAUUUAUGGCAUGGGUGGCAUUGGCAAAAUCACUUUCACCUUCGGAGAAUUUGCGCUUCAAAAAAUUGUCAAUGAUUCUUCUCGAUGACGUGGAUCAUAAGUAUCGAUUAAAUGCUUUGACCCAAGCACAAAAUUGGUUUACGUCAGGAAGUAGGAUCAUCGUCACAUUUAGAUAUGAAGCUGUACUUGAUCAAGGUGGAAUUUUGAUUAGACUACAAGUAUGACUAUCCUCCAAGUGCGUUGUAAGGUAAAUUCGGGAGGAUUCCUUUUAGCUCUUGAGGUUAUAGGUUCAUAUUUGUCUGUCUAAUCUAAUAAAUAGAUAUGAGAAGUGCUUAAGAACUUAAGGAAAGAACCUGAUAGAGAUGUCCAAAAGAUAUUGAGGAUAAGUUAUGACGCAUAUCAAUAAAUUUUCCUCAACAUUGCUUGCUUUUUCAUUGGCAUGAAUAGUAAUUUUGCCAAAGGACACUUCAAGUUGUAGGUUCAUAUUUAUGUAUUUAAUUCAACAAGAAUAUAUGGGAAGUGCUUCAGAAAUGAAGAAACAAACCUCUCAUAGAGAUGUCCAAAAGAUUUUGAGGAUAAGUUAUGACGCAUAUCCACAAUUUUCUCCAACAUUGCUUGUUUUUUCAUUGGCAUGGUUAGCCCAUUCGCCAGAGGAUUGUGAAAUUUGUCCGGUUUGAUAAUUGAAUAACUGAUAACAUAUUGUGGUGAUGAAAGAUAUAGUCAAGAGAUCUUGGUUAGGAUGUUGUGUGCCUAGCAAAGGACAUUGUGUGCACCGAUGACGUUUUGUGCCUAGAAGGGUUAACAUAUGUUGGUGAGUGAAGGGUAUAGUCAGUUAAGAGGCCUUGGUAAGGACGUUGUGUGCCUAGAAGCGUGAGCAGAAGAACUGGUCUAUGGAUCUUUGAGGAAGCCUUGAAAGUACUAGAAGCGAAUAAGGUAAUCUACUACCUAUUUUUGCCUGCUCUCUUAGCUCUUAUGUACUUAUUUAAUUCAAUAUGUAGCAUCUGUUGUUGUUUAAUACUUACCUAUUAAAUUGCAUAAUGGCAAGCUCCUGUUUCUAGGGAUAUUUCUCUUCCCUUCUAUUUUAAAUACUGUUAUAAAAAAAUUCUAGUUGUAAAUCUAAAGAAUCUGGAGAUGAAAAGGGAUGUUGCAGCUCUAAAAAAUGUAUUUCUGAACACAUAAAGUACUGUGCUUCACUGCAUAGUCAUAACACGAACGACUACAACAAAGCCACAGCUUUACCAAACAGAUGCUUUAUCAUCGUAAAGUAGAUAAUCACUUCCUUUUAAUUGGUUUUGUGACUCUUUAUUGUUGGCUUGCUUUUAACAGCUUGACCUUUAAAGAAAAAAUAUGUGUCUAAAAUGAGAUGAGAACGGGUCAUAAGUUCUAAUCUUGGCAGUCCUUGUGUUUGUUAUGUCUGUUACUGUUCUUAUUGUGCUUGUUUUAUGGUCUGCAGUUGUCUAUGUGAUGUGGAUAUGUUCAGAUAUAGUUUCAUGUGUUAUGCUUCAUAUUUGAGUAAAUGUGUUAAGUAAUAUGUUAUAUAGAUUGUGUUGACCUGAACUUUUUCUCAGACAUAUGAUGCAAUACUAAUGAUAUCCAGUGUUUUACUUUUAGGUUACUGGAAAGGGUUGGGCCGUUUGUUUUGAGAGAGAUGCACAGAUGAGAUAGUUUGACCAAGGUUGUUGAAUAUACAAAGGUGAACGGUUUCAAAAUUUGUUGAACUUAACAUUCCUUGUAGUAAGAGGUGAAAUCUUACUGGAGAUUGUAUGUAAUUAUUAUCUGAAUUAAGAUGGCUUCUGUGGAAGAGUUGUCCUCCCUCUGUUUUGUCGCAGACAAUUUUCAUCUAGGAACAAUUGGUUGACCUGAGAUUUUUCGCAAAGUAAUACUUCAAAGCACUGUGGAAGAUGGAGUUAGAUCAUGAUGGCAAAGCAGCUAAAAGUUCUCAAGCUAAUGUACUCCUGACCUGUCAGCCUUUACAAAUUUGGAGACUCUAAUCCUUGAAUGUUGCGACUCAUUGGAAUGAAUUCACUCUUCUAUUGGAAAGGUCAAGAGCCUUGCUUCCAUGGAAUUGAGUGACUGUAAGAAUCUAGUGGACCUACCUACAGAAUUGGGUAGAUUAGAAGAAUUAAAAGAACUUCUAGAUGGAACAGCUAUACGAGAAAUUCAUACAUUUUCAGGUUCUCUGAAGAAGCUGGAGAGGCGUAAUGGCAAGUAUUGUUAGUUAUUAGUGGGCUGCCUGACUCAAUAAGCCAUCUUGUAAAUUUGUCAACCCUGGAUUGAAUUUCUGUAGAAAUUUCACUCAAUAUCGGGAGGCCAUCGGCUCCCUCAUUUAUUUAUUUAUUUUUGCUCAGUAUUUGGCCCCCUUA